AUGUCAAUUUCUGUCAUUAACCAAGACAUGGACCUCAAGCCUAUCUGCCACAUCGUCGCCCCUGUGGGCUGUAUGGGAUACGGCUUCGACGAAGAUCUCGCCGCAAAUGAGCUUGCUCGACUAGUCCAUACCGGCGUUCCGACCGCCAUCAUCCUCGACGCAGGCUCAACAGACAGCGGGCCGGAGAAAUUGGCCCUGGGAACAAUGACUUGUCCUCGAUCGGCAUAUGUCAAAGAUCUAACGAAGUUGUUGAGGCUUGUAAAUACCUUUGGUGUCCAGUUGAUCUUUGGCUCUGCCGGCGGCGAUGGUGCGGACGAACAUGUCGUUUUGAUGCAAGAGAUCAUCGCUGAGAUAUCGGCUGAGAAGGGAAAUGAGGACUAUUCUUUCAAGACGAUUUCCAUUUUCUCCGGUAUCGACAAAACCAUCAUCUUUGACCGACUCAAAGCUAGCCGCUUAACUGGCUGUGGAACCUGUGUUCCAGCCCUGACAGAAGGCGAUGUUGAAGCUACCCCGCGAGUCGUUGCACAAGUCGGCCCGGAGCCUUUCAUUAAUGCGAUGGAAGCUGAUCCGGAUUUUGAUGUCAUCGUUGGAGGCCGCGCAUACGACCCGGCUCCCUAUGCUGCAUACUCCAUGUUCCAGCUCAAGCGGCAACAUCCAGGCCUCAGCGAACAAGAACUCGAAGAGAGACACGGCGGAUUCCUACACAUGGGCAAGAUCAUGGAGUGCGGAGGGCAAUGCUCCACGCCAAAGUCGCAUGGUGCAGUUGCAACCGUCUACCAAGACGGUGUAUUUGACGUCCGACCCAUUGCAGCCCAGUCAAGAUGCACGCCCCUUUCAGUGGCAGCUCAUUCUUUGUAUGAGAACACUAGGCCGGACAUUCUAAGAGGUCCCGGCGGUGCGCUCCAUCUUGACGCCGCUAAGUACGAACAACUUGAAGACGACAGGACGAUCCGCGUCCGCGGAGCUGAGUUCAAGUCCUCGGCAGCGAGUGGCCAGCCGUAUCAACUUAAACUGGAGGGUGCGAAGAUAUUGGGAUACCGAUCGAUAGUGCUGGGAAGCGUCAGGGAUCACAUACUUAUCAACCAGCUAGACGACCUCCUUUCCCUCGUCAAGGCAUAUGUAAAGCAGCAGCAUCCGAAUAUUCCCGGCAAUUGGGACCUAGAUUUCCACACUUACGGCCAGGGCCAGAGCACCCCACUGGGUCCAGGAGGAGUUUUUAUCAUUGCAGAGGCCGUCGCACCCACCCAGGAGCUGGCAACCGGUCUUGUCUCUACGGCAAGAAUCGGCAUGAUUCACGGUCCUUACCCGGGUCAAAAGGCGACGUCUGGCAACUUUGCUUUCGGCAUCGCGGGUAAACUUGAGAUCGAGACUGGCCCUUGCUGCCAGUUCUCCGUCUAUCACCUUAUGGACCUUGAGCCCGGCGAGGAGAGACUUGGGUCCCGGUUGAUCCGCGCCACUGUGGCCACCAUCGGCAAUCCGAACAAACCAAAUACCAGACGAACCGGUCGUCAAACCCCUUCUCAAGGGCAGCUGGCGGUAUCGAAGCAACAUCAACAGUCUCUUAACCCCACUAUGAACGGCCAUGAGGGAGCAAAAUGCACACCGCAGACACUAUCUGACAUCUCACGGGUUCUGCGUUCUAAGAACGCAGGCCCCUACGAGAUUACUAUAGAUGCAAUUUUCGAGUCCAAGUCGACGUAUGACGCUGUUAAGCAUUCCGGCCUGUUAUCCGCAGAGAACGUUGCAAACGCUCUGAAUGUUUCCCCGGACGACAUAGUAUGGAUGGGGUUCUUUGAUCCGGCAUUGGCGUUUAAAGUAACGAUCCCUCGCUUCCGCUCUGGGAAGAAAGCUCCUGCGGGAAGCUUCAUGGAAAAUGAUAUUCACGGGUCGCAGCAGCAUCUUGGUUUGUCAACUCUCAGACUCAUCUCCGCACUGAGAGGUCUUUAG